AAAAAACGUCCCCUCCCAAACUUGAAAUCCCCAAUUUACUCUCCGGUCACUGCCCUCGGUCUCUAAGCAAAAGAAAUGGCCGAAACUGAAUCCACCACCACGCAAGACUCAACUGCCGCCGUAGAGACGGAGCCUCACCUGACCCAGCCUCAAGAGCAAGUAGAAGACACCGCCGCCAAGCUCAAUAACCUUACGCUCCGAAUUUGGCCUCUCUCUCAACGAACCCGCGAUGCCGUUAUCAACCGCCUAGCCGAGACGCUGUCUUCCCAAUCUGUACUUUCCAAACGUUACGGCACGAUCCCUGAGGACGAGGCUUCCUCCGUGGCCAAGUCGAUCGAGGAGGAGGCUUUCUCAGUUGCCGGAGCAGAUUUCUCCCCCGACAGUGAUGGCAUUGAGAUCCUUCAGAUGUAUUCCAAGGAGAUCAGCAAGCGUAUGCUCGACACUGUCAAAUCUCGAGCAGCAACCGCCGCCUCGGAUGCGCCGCCAGGUACGGAAGCUCCGAGUGGUGAGCAGAUUUCAUCGUUGUCCGUUAAGGAAGAGGCUUGAGUUUGAGGAUCCUUGUUUCUCUAUUUAGGGCUCUUUUUUGGAUUUAUAAUUGGUAUUGCUAGGGUUUGUUGUUGUGAUCUUUUUGCUAGGCUAUGGAUAUUUCGAUAUGCUUAGCCUUAAUUGCUAUAAGACGAUAAUAAUAUAUUUAAAUGUAAUACCCCCUCCCGGUUUUUUAGGGUUUUCUGUAUUUGUGAAAAUGUGCUUGAUCUUUAUGAGUUGCUUGGUUUUUGUUGAUCUAUUCAUUGCGGCAGUGCAAAAUGCAGCAUAGAGGGUUCUAGAAUUUUCUUCAUU